AAACAAAGAUGGUUACCCAACACAAGCACCCACAGGAUACCUGGCGUCGCAAUCACAAGCGGAAGUAGUUCACAUUUUCCAGCGUUGUCGCCGGAAAUGAUUCUGCUUUCUCUCGAGCCUCCGUGGUGGACGUAGAAGAGACGCAGGAGUCACCGUAGCGCUUGGGAAUGACGUGCUGGAUUCCAGACUGAUGGCGUCGGGCACGGCGAGCCGCUCUGAAGACGAAGAGUCUCUGGCAGGGCAGAAAAGGAGCUCAUCACAGGUGUCAGGGGCCAUUCCCAAACGGCGCAGUUCAUCCAGGUUCAUCAAAAGGAAGAAGUUUGAUGAUGAACUGGUAGAGAGCAGUCUUGCCAAAUCAUCCAGCCGGGCCAAGGGCCCUAGUGGGGUGGAACCUGGGCGUUGCUCUGGCAGUGAGCCCUCUUCCAGUGAGAAGAAGAAGGUGUCCAAAUCCAUCUCUGCACCUGCCACUCCAAGCCCAGCUCCAAACCCCAGCCUUGCCAAGCGGAUGAAGAAGAGCAAGCAGCCCUUGCAGGUGACCAAGGAUUUGGGGCGAUGGAAAGCCACUGAUGACCUGCUGUUGAUCAACGCAGUGCUUCAGACCAAUGACCUGACCUCUGUGCACUUGGGAGUGAAGUUCAGCUGCCGUUUUAAUCUGCGGGAAAUCCAGGAGAGAUGGUACGCUCUGCUUUACGACCCGGUAAUCUCCAAGCUAUCCUGCCAGGCGAUGCGGCAGCUGCAUCCUGAAGCCAUUGCUUCUACACAGAGCAAGGUGCUGUUCAGCAAAGCGGAGGAACAGCUGCUAAGCAAAGUGGGAUCGACCAGCCAACCCACUUUGGAUACCUUCCAGGACCUGCUGCACAAACACCCAGAGGUUUUCUACCCUUCACGUACUGCCAAAACUCUACAAACACACUGGCAACUCAUGAAGCAGUACUACCUCCUGGAUGAUCAGACAGUGCAGCCACUACCCAAAGGGGACCAGGUGCUGAACUUUUCUGAUGCUGAAGACAUGAUAGAUGACAGCAAGCUGAAGGAUGUACGAGACGAAGUGUUGGAGCAUGAACUGACCGUGGCUGACCGGAGACAGAAGCGUGAAAUCCGGCAGCUGGAGCAAGAGUUGCACAAGUGGCAGGUGCUGGUGGACAGCAUAACAGGAAUGAGUUCCCCUGACUUUGACAACCAGACAUUGGCUGUGCUGCGUGGGAGGAUGGUGCGUUACCUCAUGCGCUCCAGGGAGAUCACUCUUGGUAGAGCCACCAAAGACAAUCAGAUCGAUGUGGAUCUAGCGCUGGAGGGACCAGCCUGGAAGAUAUCUCGUAAGCAAGGAGUCAUCAAGCUGAAGAACAAUGGUGACUUCUUCUUGGCCAAUGAAGGCCGACGGCCCAUUUAUGUUGAUGGACGCCCUGUGCUGUGUGGCAGCAAGUGGAAGUUGAACAACAACUCAGUGGUGGAGAUUGCUAGUCUGCGCUUUGUCUUCCUCAUCAACCAGGAUCUGAUUGCGCUGAUCAAGGCCGAGGCUGCCAAAAUCGCCCAGCCCUGAGGCAUGGCUCAGAACCAAAGACAUCAACCUGGAACUGUAUGUGGGUCCUGGACCCCACUGCUUGUGCUGCCAUUGCAAUUUCACGCAGCCUGUCCUACCCCUAAACUGGGACUGAAACCUCUCAGGGGCCUUUCUCUUUUGGAAAGGAGAGUAGAGAAGAGUCUUUUGGUCAGCCAAAGCAUCUUGCUUGAGGACAGUUGGCUGUGUAGGGUUUGUUCUGGCCCUUUGCUCUGGCUGGUUCAGCAAGUGAGGCUGUUGUGCUUGAAAGCCUUUGGCCAUAAGGGCAAAGGGAAAUUCCGGGAAGGAAAGAAAAUGAGGGAGCAUAAUAAAGUCCGAUCAUCUAAUAAA